AUGGAUGGCAAAAACGAUGGGUGGAAUCUAAACAUAGGCCGGAUUAUGGUAAAUUUCAGCUCACUGCGGGAAAAUUUUAUGGAGACAAAGAAAAAGAUAAAGGUCUCCAGACCAGUGAAGAUGCCAAGUUUUAUGCCCUCUCAACCAGGUUUAAGCCAUUCAGCAAUGAGAACGAGACCUUGGUGGUUCAGUUUUCAGUAAAACACGAGCAAGGCAUCGAUUGUGGUGGCGGGUACGUGAAACUCUUUCCUGACACCCUGAACCAGGAGGAUAUGCAUUCGGAAUCCGAGUAUUACGUCAUGUUUGGCCCUGACAUCUGUGGCUUUGACAACAACAAAGUACAGGUCAUCCUUCAUUACCAAGGGAAAUACCAUGAGAACGAGAAGACCAUCAAGUGCAGGAUCAACAAAGACACUCACCUAUACACUCUGAUCAUUCGUCCCAAUGCUACUUAUGGGGUUAAAAUUGACAAUAAGCAAGUAGCAGCAGGGAAUCUGGAGGAUGACUGGAACUUCUUGCCUCCCAGAAAGAUAAAAGACCCCUAUGCCCGGAAACCAAGGAAAUGGGAUGAACGUCUGCAAAUAGAGGAUCCUGAAGAUAAGAAACCUGAGGACUGGGAGGACUUUGAGUACAUCCCAGACCCAGACGCCAAGAAGCCAGAUGACUGGGAUGAGGCGAUGGAUGGACAGUGGGAAGGGCCGUUGAUACCAAACCUGAAGUAUAAGGGACAAUGGAAACCUCGAAUCAUUGACAAUCCCAAUUACCAGGGAGAGUGGAUUCAUCCAGAAAUAGACAACCCUAAAUAUAAGCCUGACCCUACCAUUUGUCACUAUUAUAACAUCAGUGUUCUUGGCCUGGACCUUUGGCAGGUGAAAUCAGGCAGCAUCUUUGACAAUUUUCUUCUUACAAAUGAUGAAGAGUUUGCUGAAGAGGUUGGAAAUAAGACCUGGGGACUAAGAAAAGAUGUAGAGAGGCAGUGGAGAGAACUGUUCGAGGAAAUGGAAAAAAGAAAACAGGAAGAAGAAGCCGAGGAGAGAAGGGGAAAGGAGGAGGAAAGGGAAGGUGACAUCUGGGGAAUUGGAGAAGAGGGAAGUGAAGAGGAUUUUGCUGAGGAACCGGGAAAUGACAGGCAGAUGGAGGACGCUGAUGCCGAAAGAGCAUUUCUGGAUAAAAAUAAAGAAGUCCGUGUUGACCAGACGGACGAACUGUAA